AUGCCAGUUGCUAUUAUAACAGGUUAGUUCAAUUUUUCAACAAAACAUGUAUUAUUUACACUUUGUUAUUUUGUAGGUGCAUCUUCGGGAAUCGGGCGCGCGGCUUCGAUUUUGUUGGCAAAAAAUGGUUAUGCAUUAUCAUUGACUGGAAGAAAUUCGGGAGCAUUGGAAGAAGUCGCGAAUUUGUGUAAACAACAAGGAGCACCACAGGUUUGAAACUUUAUAUUCAUUUGAAUGAAUUUUUGUUCUUAUUAAGGUUUUGACAACUGCAAUUGAACUAACUUCUGAUGAUGCACCAAAAACAAUUGUCGAUGCAACUAUUGAAAAGUUAGGAAAAAUUGACACUCUUGUAAGCUUUUAAAUUCUUAGAAUAAUAAUAAUCUAUGUUUUUAGAUUAACUCUGCUGGAAUUCUCAAAGCAGGUCCAGUUUUGGAAUCGGGAAUUGAAGUAUACGAUGAACUUAUGAAUGUUAAUGUGAGAAGGUUUGUUAUUUUUGUUCUGUAAAUCAAAAUUCAAUUUAUUCUUCUUGAAAACAAUUAUAUUUUUCAGUUUAAUUCGUCUAACUCGCGCUGCUCUUCCUCAUAUAAUUUCUCAAAAAGGAACUGUUGUAAAUGUCAGCAGCAUCAAUGGACCUUGCCCGGUUAGUCUUUUUUUGAAAUAAAAUAAUAAUUUUGAAUUGUAUUCUAGUUUCCUGGUGUAACUUAUUAUUGUAUGUCAAAAUCGGCUGUUGAUCAAUUCACAAAAUGUUUGGCAUUGGAAAUGGCACCAAAUGGUGUUAGAGUGAAUGCAGUUUGGUUGGUUUUUUUCGUUUUGACUAUGAAAAAGUAAUUGAUAAUAAUUUUUUCAGUCCCGGUGUGACAGUUACAAAUUUGCAUAAAACUUCUGGACAAAAUGAAGCAACAUAUCAAGCUGUAAGUUAAAUUUUUAUUGAUCCAUUUUUAACGAAACUAUUUUUUACAGUUUCUUGAAAGAAGCAAAACAACUCAUGCAUUGGGAAGACCAGGAAAAUCGGAAGAAGUUGCUGAAGCAAUUCUGUUUUUGGCUUCAGAGAAAAGUUCUUUCACAACUGGACAAUUACUUAGAGUUGAUGGAGGAAGAGGGAUUAUGCAUCCAAGAUAA